CUUUCCGUGGAAUAAUCAAGAACGGACAUAAUUCGUAAAUACGCCGUUGAACUCCGGAUUCCCUGUACAAAUUAUACUUUCCUCUUUCGAUUAACUUUAAUAAAUUCCCAAUUUUCCUAAUCUAGAACCAAAUUUGAAAAAUUGGAAUUAAAUUCUACCUCAAGUUAUAUGUUUUGAUGAGAUAAUCAUAUGUUCAAUUAUGAUUUAACAACACACAGAAGAAAAGGGAGGAAAGAUGGAGCUGAGAGGUGAAUUUUUGCCGCAAUUCAGAGUCCGACAGCCUCGAUUGACGUGGCUUCUCUGUACCAAACGCAAGAAACGUGAUUCUCUCCUUGUUGUAAGCAUGUUUACUAGGCCUUAAAUCAACUUCACCUGAGGGAAAACUUAAUGAAGUAGAUGGACUCGGGAAAUAUUAGUGAAAUGGAUUCCUAAGGGCUGCUUAAAUUCAACAAGAAAUGGCCCCAACAUUUGUUUGAGAUAAUACAGGACUGAAGACAUUUCCUAACUGUGGGCAAAACUCCCAUUUUAAUCUAGUUCCCUACCACAGGCACAAAUUAUGAAAGCUUGCCAGAAGCAGUUAAUGAUGCCAAUUCAGCAGAGAUGGGUCUCCCACCCUUAUGAAAUAUGGAUACGUUUCCUUCUCAGUACUACAGAUGGAAGAAUCUUGAAGUUCAUUGUAACAAUGACCAAAGUAUCCGGCACUCUUCUCUUUCUAAGAGUGAGAGCUCAAAGAUGCCUGAACUCUCUUUUAACCGGCUGCAGCUUACUGACCAGGAAUGUGCUGGAUUGCAAAGGCGAAACUUUGGUCGCUUCGUUGCACGUGAGGCUUUACUGGAUGAAGAAUAUUGGACAGCAGCAUGGCUCCGAGCAGAAGCCCACUGGGAAUCUUUAUCCUAUAUGAGGCAUGUGGGCAGCUACAAAAGAAAGUAUGCUGAACAGGAGUUCAAUGCUUUGAAGCGGAGGUGUCUCGGGCAGCAUGGAAAUUCAUUGAAAUGCUUUUGUUUUGUUGCAGUUAAGAAGGAAGAGAAAAAUGUAAGAAGAACUGUUCUUAAUAGUGUUGUGGGAACUCUAGACUUGAGCAUCAGACAAUUCGUCCAAGGGGAAACAUAUCCUGGGGAGAUAAAGAGAUUGUCACCUGUCUUGGCAAGUAAAGGCCCAUUUAACGCAAAUAAAUAUGCUUAUAUUGCAAAUGUUUGUGUUGCAAAGUUUGCUCGACGUCAGGGUAUUGCUUCAAAUAUGUUAUACUUAGCAACCGAUGUUGCUACCAUGACAGGUAUCAGGCAGCUGUUUGUUCAUGUAAAUGUAGAGAACAAGACUGCUCAGGAUCUGUACAGAAAAACUGGUUUUAAGAUCUUUGAUACCACUUCAACUCCCUCAUCGAAAGAUGAGAGGCUAUUAAUGUCCAUGGAAUUGUAAGUUAUGCAAUGCAAUGUUGCCUCUCUCUGCAGAGAAAGAAAACAGGAAAUUCCAUUGUUAUAAUAAGCUUGAGAUAGGUUUGUUGAAGUCAACAGCUUGUUGGUUUUUGUGUAUAACUAAUUUGAGUGUGAGUAUGUUGCAAGGGUAUAGAAAUUUGUUGUAAAAGACAGAAUUAUCAAUAUAUAGUUUUCUAUUGUGCUU